AACCCCAAAGUCACAUUUGGAACAGUGUAGCACCACCAAACUCCAGCCUUUUUCCUUUUAUAUCAUCCCUACAUAUGAAUACUAAAUGUUACGAUUAACUUACAUAGUCUCUGUCUCUCACACACUGAAGAAAAUGAAGUUUCAUGCUCUAGCUCUUUCUUUCUCUUCUGUAUUGUGUUAUCUCCUUGCAUUCUCGUUCUUCCCUCACUCUUCCUAUUCUGCUUUAGAAUCCUUCGUAUACGCUGGCUGUACUCAGUUUCAAUACAACGAUGGCUCAACCUACGAGUCAAAUCUCAACUCGGUCUUGACCUCCAUAGCUAACUCAGCCUCCCUCUGCAACUUCAACAACUUCAAAAUUUCCCUCCCGGGCUCCACAGAAAGCGAUAUCGUCUAUGGCCUGUACCAGUGCCGAGGCGACCUGGCCAGCUCCGACUGCCACAACUGUGUAACCUAUGCAGUCAGUCGGCUCGGGAAAAUCUGCUAUGACACAUCCGGCGGGACCUUGCAGUUGGAAGGGUGUUUCGUGAAGUAUGAUAAUAUAUCUUUUCUGGGUGCAGUAGACAAGACCGUGGUGUUGAAGAAAUGUGGGCAGUCAUCUGGCUAUGACUCGGACUUCUUGACUCGGAGAGAUGCUGUUCAGGCGUAUCUUACCGGAGCCGGGCAGUAUUUUCGGGUCGGCGGGUCAGGGAAAGUCCAGGGUAUGGCACAGUGCGUACAGGAUUUGAGUAUGGGCCAGUGCCAGGAUUGUUUGUCAGAGGCAAUCCAACAGUUGAAAAACGAGUGUGGAUCUUCAUCUUGGGGUGAUAUGUUCUUGGCCAAGUGCUACGCAAGGUACUCGGUGCGUGGGUUCUCUUCUGACGGUGGUAGGCAGUUCCGCCGCCUUGGGUGGUGGUUCAUGAUUUGUGGUUUCAUAGUUUCUUUAAUUUUUGGCAUGUUAGAUUAAUUGAUGAAGUUGCUUUUAACUGUUUUGUUGUAAAUAAAGGUAUUCUCAUAUUAUAUUUUAUGCAUGGAAAAUUUGGUGCAAAUUUUCAAAAA